AAGCUCAAUCGUCUGACACGAAUAUGUACAACGUACGCGAGACUUGUUUGUAGCUUGCAGCGUGAGGACUACGCCCGUGUGGCUCCAGCUCACUGCGGCAAGCUAGUGAUACGCGUGAAUCGUCACCAUCAUGGUGAUUUCAUUAUCAUCGCUAUUGCGGCAUACUUCGCCAGGUUGAUCGACCUCUUACGCCCGAGCUUGGUAACUUACAUCUGAUGACCGGACAAGAUGUUCUAUAAAGCCGUCCGUCGCGAGUCGUAACAAGGGCAUAUUUUGACAAGCACACUCAAGUUUCCCAUCGGUAAAAUGCAGAUUUUCUCCUCUCUCGCUGUCAUCCUGGCACUGGGUCAAUUUACCUUUGGCGCCAUGAUCGUGCUCGACUGUACUAACUUUCCAGAAUCUUGCAACAAUGACUGUUAUGGCAUCUACGGUCCGCCAAGACUACCGUCAUCACUCACUUGGGACCAGCCGAGCAGUAGUGUCGAACGAAAUCGCCGCCGCGGGUCAGGAUGCACGAUGUCUAAUGGACUUUCAGCUUGCAACGCCAAUUCAGGUGUCUCUCCGUACAACAACGAUGGUCCAACUUGCGACGAGUACCCUUACGCUUCUACAUCGCAAGGAGGCAUGGCUGGUGCCACACUACGCUGUAUGAGCCGCAGUGACAAUAGUGCUGAAGGAGGAUACCUCAGAGGGAAUCUAUACCGGAAACCAAUCGCCAAUGGGGGUUGUGGCAAUGUGGCUCCGUGUUCAUUCACCGUCGCAGUCGACAUGAAUACUAUUGGAAACUCGCCUCUGUGCUCAGGUGCGAACUCCGGAACAUCGCCUUUGAACGACGGUCAUGAAUUCAAGAAACUCAGCGGUGGUGGCUAUGCUGCCGCUAAGAGAGAGUUAAGUGAUAAGGACAUCUACGCUCCAUUUCCCGAUGGCAAUGGUACCUUCCCGAUGCACCUUCGAAGGGAGUUUCUGAUGAAUGAUGGUACUCGGAUCAUGCUUCUAACCACGGACUUGGAUAUGGUGAUCCCUUCGGGUUUGAUGGUAGCCACUAGUGGAGACGCAAAAGUCGUGAUCCGCGAGCUUCUUGGACAGGAGAAGUCCCCUGCUUUGAGGCCUCUGGUGGCGGCGUCCUUUGUUGCAUGAUUUUAUGGUGUCAGAUUUCGCAGACCAGAGUCCGGGACCCAGAUGAUGGUAUGUUGUCGUGUAUUAGCUAAUUUCAAAGUGGCAAGAUUCGUGAAUUUUUGGGUCAUAAUACUCUCA